GUCUUGGUAGACAAUUCAGCGACGUCCUGCGUGAGAUAUGCUACAAAUAAGACGGCUGCCAACUACACUGGUGGGCCAUGCUUCAAUGCUUCUGUGGAUGUGCGGCUGCCAUCCUGCACCGACGUGCGCUCGCGAAUACUGGGCUCAAUCCGUGAAGACCGCUUCCUUGAUGUUCGCGUCUCUGGCACGCCGACACGGGAGUGCCUCUUUCUCUGGAGUCAGGUUUAA